CCAGUAGAGAACAAGUUGAAGACACGAGUUUUGUUCGCACCGACAUGGAACACGCCCGGACGAGCCUCACUCACAUAAGAAGGCUCAGCACGGAAGAUUGUAGCGCUGAGGCUACUUAUGCGCCGUAUGUGCGGGAAGUCAUCAUAACGGUGCGGAUUUGACGUUCGACUCGGUGUCGCGACUCGCUAGCUGAAACCCCAUGGGCAGCCCACAACGAUGCGGUUUUUGCCGCGCCGACACCUCGAGGCACUCUCCCGCAGCGACGAAAGCAUCGUUGCUCAAGCUGAGGACACCUUAGAGUCCUUUCUUUGGAUCUUCCUCUACGCCUUGAUGCGGAGGCUUUCCGUGGACGGCGUCGGCGAUUCCCCUCGGGAGCAGAAAUCCGUCAAAGACGCAUACACGACCACCUUUGGCGGAACAUCAGCUGCGGAUAUUCACCUCCGAAGGACUACGUUGCAUUUUGCGCAGCUGGCGAGCUAUCGAUCAGUCCACAAGGUCGUGCCAUACCCCGUCGUGCAGUUAUUGAUUGGCUACGGGGAACACAUGUCCGACCAGUUGGCGGUCCGGGCGUUGACGUCUCGCAUGGCCCCCGAGACUAGUGCUCCCCGACCACUAACGGAAGAGGAAGCGGCUUACGAGGCCAAGGUCGAGGCCGCUCUCGAGGCUGCGAAGAAGAAGGAACGGAAGCGGCUCGCCGCGGGGCCGUACCAGUUCACGCACUCCGCGAUGUGCAGAAGACUGGCGGACGUGCUGGAACGGCUGCAACUCGGUCGUGAAUUUCACUACGACGAAGUAGUAUAG